GGAGGGUGGAGGCAAAAUUGAUAUCAAAUAAGGGUAUCAAACUGAGACCUGGAUGUUCCGUUUAAGUUGUUGCUCAUUUUCAUUCUCCAUGCCAGGGGGUGAAAAGCUUUUAACUUCAGCAUCCUCUGUAAUGAGAACAUUUAUUUUUCAUGGAUUUAUAUUUUUCUUCUCCAUAAAGAUUGAAUUUGUGUUGUACUAGAUAUAAACGAAGGGGUUUCUUUAUCCUCUUUUCAUUUUACUAUGUACUAGUCAGGCUUUAGUUCAGAUAGAAAGGAGGGGUCCUGCUGCCUAGGUGGGAGGCCUUUACCAAGCAUGGGAGGCCCCAGGGAGCCGAAAUCCGAAGUAGAACGAUGCUGCUUUCGGGAGUCUUGUGAGCUCUUCAGCUGCUUCUCUCUUUUCCAAUGGGCCUAGGGAACAGGAACUAUCCAAGGUGCUAGAAUGCUGGCAGCUUUGCUGUUCAAUGCAGACGGAUUGCACACACAGAGAAGAAAGAUUACUGCUUAUUUCAGAAGAAUAUAAUCAAAUGAGGCACCUUAGUCAGCCCGGGUGAUUGCUUCGAGUCUUGUAAUAAUUUGUGUAGCAAAGUGGGUAAAAUCAUUCAAUUUCUUCCCCGCUGGACCUGGAAGGAGAGGGGCUGUGUGUUCAUCCCCACCCAUUAGCUAUGCCCUCUUUUCUCUGAAUGUCGAUUUAAGGAAGCAGGCACCUGCCUUUUGCCACUGCAUCUUUCUAGCAAACUUUAAAGGCCAUUUUAUCUGAUAGGAAGACUAUCAAGAAUGCUCUGAUCUCUAGUGAUGAAGAAUCUGGGAGUGGACCCUUUCCCCAUCCAGAUAAAAUGCACUUUAACUGAAGAAAAACGGAGCUGAACUGCAAGUCCAUUUCUUAUGGUGCUGGAUUACUCCUGCAGAACUGCCCUGAGAUCAGCCGCGAGGGAGGGCUUUGACAGACACAAGUCACCUUCUGAUUCUUGCACUUAGCCCUCCCCGGGGACUUAAAUUUUGGUGGUGUUCCUUUCUACAUGAUUUCCUCCAAGAUGAUGAGCUGCAAUCCCGAGGAAGACCCGCUGGACACGUUCCUCCAGUACAUUGAGGACAUGGGGAUGAAGGCCUACGAUGGCUUGGUUAUUCAGAACGCAUCAGACAUUGCUCGAGAGAACGAUCGCUUGAGAAAUGAAACGAACCUGGCCUACUUGAAGGAGAAAAACGAAAAACGGCGAAGGCAAGAAGAAGCGAUAAAACGCAUAGGUGGAGAAGUAGGGCGAGGCCACGAGGGAAGUUACGCGGGCAAACAUUUCCGCAUGGGAUUCAUGACGAUGCCUGCUCCUCAGGACAGACUUCCCCAUCCUUGCUCCAGUGGCUUUUCCGUGAGGUCGCAGUCCCUGCACUCGGUCGGGGGCACAGAUGAUGACAGCAGCUGCGCCUCCCGGAGACAACCGCCCCCCAAGCCCAAGCGGGACCCCAGCACCAAGCUGAGCACGUCGUCGGAGACGGUCAACAGCGGUGCAGCCAGCAAGGGCGGGAAGGCGGCCGAGCGGAGCGAAGUGUCGGCCAAACCAAGACCCCACAGCGAUGAAUAUUCAAAGAAGAUUCCUCCUCCCAAACCCAAGCGGAAUCCAAACACUCAGCUCAGCACGUCCUUUGAUGAAACGUACAUCAAAAAGCAUGGGCCGCGGAGGACGUCGCUCCCGCGGGACGCGUCCCUCUCCCAGGUCAGCAGCCCCGCGGGGGACCCCGAGGAGGAGGAGCCCGUGUACAUCGAGAUGGUGGGGAACAUUCUCAGAGACUUCAGGAGGGAGGACGACGACCAGAGUGAGGCCGUCUACGAGGAAAUGAAAUACCCCAUUUUUGACGACUUGGGCCAAGACUCCAAAUGUGACCUUGACCAUCACAGCUGUUCUUCGCAGUGUGCUACUCCCACGGUGCCUGACCUGGACUCGGCCAGGUCCGCAGGGCCAUGCCCUCCCAAGGGCGCGCUCUGCGACAUCCCCCCGCCCUUCCCCAACCUGCUGUCGCACAGGCCCCCGCUGCUGGUGUUCCCCCCCGCGCCCGUGCAGUGCUCGCCCAACUCCGACGAGUCUCCGCUCACCCCGCUGGAGGUCACCAAGCUCCCCGUGCUGGAAAACGUGUCCUACAUGAAGCAGCAGGCUGGGGCGUCCCCGUCCUCGCUGCCCCCCGCCACCCCCGGCCACCCCAAGCUGGAGAAGGACCAGCCGGGGGCCCUGGGGCCCGCUCCGGCCCCCGCGGCGCUCUCCUCGUCCCCCCCGCCGCCCUCCGCUUUGUACCGGACGCAGUCCCCCCACGGCUACCCCAAAAGCCACUCGGCCUCCCCGUCGCCCGUGAGCAUGGGGCGGGCCCUGACGCCGCUCAGCCUCAAGCGGCCGCCGCCCUACGACGCGGUGCACGCGGGCGGCCCGGCCAGGGGCUCGACGGCAGCGCCCCCCGCCGCCGGCCGGCCGCUGUCGCAGGACGCGGCCAAGCUGGCCCAGGCGGCGGGCAGCCCCUGCGGGCCGGCGGCGGGCGGCGCGCGCUCGCGGACCCCCACCAGCCCGCUGGAGGAGCUCACCAGCCUGUUCACGUCCGGGCGCAGCCUGCUGCGGAAGUCGUCCGGCGGCCGCCGGGCCAAGGAGCCUGCGGAGAAAUCGACAGAGGAGCUCAAGGUCCGGAGCCACAGCACGGAGCCCUUACCAAGGCUGGACAGCAAAGAAAGAGGGCAUCAUGGGACGUCUCCCAGAGAGCCCAUCAAAGCUCAGGAAUGGGAUGGAACACCAGGGCCACCUGUGGUCACCAGCAGACUGGGAAGAUGCUCUGUGAGCCCCACCUUGUUAGCAGGAAAUCACAGUUCAGAACCGAAAGUAAGCUGCAAGGUGGGCCGGUCUGCGUCCACAUCUGGCGUGCCCCCGCCGUCAAUUACUCCUCUCAGGCAAGCCAGUGACCUGCAGCAGAGUCAGGUGGCAUGCAUGCAGUGGUUUCAUGGAGACCAUACAAUGCUUGAGAUGAUUGAGAAAAAGCGUUGCUUGUGCAAAGAAAUAAAGGCUAGACAGAAAACGGAAAAGGGCCUUUGCAAACAGGAUAGCAUGCCUAUCUUACCCAGCUGGAAGAAGAAUGCAGGUGCAAAGAAGUACAGUCCUCCACCCUAUUCUAAACAGCAAACGGUAUUCUGGGAUACUGCCAUAUGACUUUACAGGAUGGCAUGAGCUCCACGUGACUAAACAUGAAGAAGGAAGUCAACUUGGUCAUGUGAUAAGUAACUGUUAUGUAUCUUCUCUGUUUGGAAAGGAAUGCCAGCACUUCCCUUGGAAAAUCCAUGGGAAGCUGUGCCUAUUCAUGGCAAAUUCCAGAUAAAAUGUAUAUUUCCUUGCAAUUAAGGCACACUUAUUUAUCCUGGAUUAUUUUGAAUCCAGAAGAUAUUAAGAUGUACAUAUUUUACUAGUUUAUGGGUGACAACUGAAAUAAUACACAUUAUACGUAUAUAAACUACAGAAAUAUCAAGAGUUUUAAUAUAUGAUAUAAUUUCGGUAUUAACUGGUUUGUUAUCUCUUUUAUAUGUAAUCCCUUGAUGCCUUUUAUUAUUAAUUUUUUGCAUUUAAAAUGUUAUUUUUGUCCACCCACAUUUAGCUUCUCUACAAGAGCUCACAGCUAUAAAUCAUGUUCAACCACAUAAUAUAUGAUCUGGUGCUAGUAAUGUAGAAGUCAGAUAUCAUUCGUUAAGAAUGCCUGUUGCUUUGUACAUUUGUAAGGGUUGAUGGGAAAUAGGUGCAAAUAUGAUGCUUAAUUUGGACAUCCAUGUUACAUCAACACCAAUAUUUUUGCUACAUUGGCUUUAUAAAAAUUUCUCUUCAAUAUAAUCUCGUUUAUUACUAAACAAUGGUUAGUCAAACUAUAAAGAAAGUUACUAGGACAUAUUGGGACAUCCUAGCAGCAAACAUUUCCUUCAGAAAUGACUUUAGGGACAUGUAUGUGUCCUGGCAUCAUUGACCUGAUUGGAGGAGACCAGGGUUCACUGUGACAAUGGAAGCAACAGGAAUCAAAAGCUAAACAUCAAGACUGCUUUCAAGAAAGUGGGACCAGUGGCAUUAUAGCCGCUUCAGUCACUAUUUUUAAGUAACUUUUAAUGUAUUUGUUUGUUUACCCUAGAAAAUGAGAAAUAAACAUUCAAUCAGAUGAGUUCACAUAUUUUAGUACAUGAAAUGCCAAUCUUUCUCAAAAUUAAGGUCAAUUAAUGAAUUAGUAUCUCUCAUUCAUUUUUUUCAAAGUAUCACCACACUUUUGGGUCGUAAUCUUCUGCACAUGAUCAUCACACCCACUUUUACUGAUUAUGACACCGUGACCAAAGAAUUAUGACCACUUAUUAUAUUUUGCUUCAAGCAAGAAACAGGAAAUGCAGGGGGUGGGGGAUGGGGGGAUUCAGUUUUAUGUCGUGGUGAAAUUUAAGUUAAGCAAAUCGUAUAUAUCUUUUAACAGCAACUUGUUAGUUGAAUAUAAAUAUUUCCAUGGAUGAAUAAAAAAGGAAACUAUCACAUAUAUUUUGUAUAUUCAAAUUACUAUUUAUGCUUCCUAAAAUUGACAGUAUGUGAUUCUUCUUUAACAAUCAAGUUAGUAUUAUAUUUCUGAGAGAAAAGGUAUGUGUUUGAAGUUAUUGUCAUAGUGGCUUUCCUUAUAAGGGUUUUGACAGCAAUAGUACAAUGCUGCUCAAUAAAACCAAAUAUAAAUAGAAGGUAGGGAAUUUUUGUAAUCUAUAUUGCUAAAAAUCUAGUAACGCUUUAUCAGUAAUAGUUCCUUUCAAUACUUCGAAAUGGUAUAAAAUAAUUUUUUAAUAUUUUAUAAUUAAUGUAUAUUUUGAUGUCCAAUUAGAAUUCUGAAAGAAUAAGGAAAAAAGGUAACUGGGAGCGUGUACCUUUGUGUGUGUGCACGUAUGCGUGAAUGAAAACUCAGUGCUGAGAACUGUACACAUGAGAUGCUUACUGAAGUUUCAGGUUUUGCUUGAAUUACUAAGGUGGUUAAAAAAAAAAAAACAGAAUCAAAAGUCCAGAAAAUCAUGCAGCAAUCCUAAGUAGCUUAAAUAAAUUCUGCUGCCAUGUUUCACCAGUUAUAGAUACGUUUCAAAUCCAACAGUCAAUGGAGUCCAAAUUAAAGAGUGAUGGAUGGAAUGAGUUCAGAUAAAAUCAGAAUUGAAAUAAAAUGUGUUUAUGGCCCGAAUUGUUAUUGUGAUUUAAGUCAUAAUGACCAUAUAUAGUUAAGCCAAUCAAUCAAACCUAAGAUAUCAAUUCUCAGCAUCUUUAUGAUGAUCUUGGUGUGUGUAUAUAUAUAUUCAGGCUCAGUAUGGUAAUGACUGGAUAAUCCCCUUGACACUUACAGUUAGUAACAUGCAAGUGUAUUUUUCAGAUGGCUAUCUUUCCCAUAUCUCUCUGAAUUAGAAGGUAUUUUUUCAUGUUGGCCACUUCUCAAGAAGGAAACAGGUACUAAAGUGAUUUGUGUUGAAUUCAGACAUCCCCAUCUGUUCUGCCAAAUUUAUACUGUUACCAGGUUUCACAGGUUCCCUAUUUAAGCAAGUUGUCUUCUGGGAAGGUAGCUUCUUUGAAAAUCUGACCUUAGGCAACCAAUUCCAUUUAAUUUUCCCAAAUCUUGCCUUCAGGGGGAAGUAAUUGGAAGCUCUAGAAAAGUGGCUUCACUGAUAUUUGAUUCAAGAACUGUUAUUUCUGUGCCUAUAUAACUGCCCAUUGUGGUGUAGCCAUUCUAUAAUUAAUUUCCUCUUUGUGUAGUGUUUCUGUAUGUGGAGAAAAAGAGGCCACUAGGAUAGAAAGAAAAAUAAGUUUACUCUCUGAUGGCAAUCAAUCAGGGCACUUCAAUCUAUGAAUUUGGUCAAAUGAUAAAACAAUCUCUCUACAGCCAGAACACUAUGGAAUGAUAAAGCUCAUAUUUUCAGCAGUGCCAAAAGAACAAAUCAUAUCAUGGUAUGGUUAUCAGGUUGAAAGUGUUCAUGCCUAUGAAAAAUGGUCUUUUCAUGGCAAAUUUUAUAGAAACAGAAUUUUAUUGACUGUCAGCAAGAGAAGAGACAAAUUUUGUUAGAGUUGAUGGAAAGGAGAAAUCAAAUCCUGCUUUUCUGUCCAAUGCCAGAAGCCAGCAUCUUCUGAGAUACAACAGUAGGUCUUUAAAUACACACUGCUACCCUUUCUUCCAUGUUUAUGCUGUUGAAUCAAGUUUGAUGUCAAAGUGAUUGAUUUGUAUAAAAGAAGGCUAAUGUCCGCCUGUAUAAAAUCGUUGGAAAAGUGAAACAAAACAAAACAUUACUAAAUGAAAAUGUGUAGUUUUAAAGAAUUUACACAGAUACAUGACAGUUGUCUGGGUACAACUAGACACAACUUCAUUUUUCAAAAUAGUGAUGCUGAGACUCCAGAGAGACUGAAGACCCAAGUAGUUUUCUUUGAGUGCUUCUGGAGAAUCUAGAGACAUUUUUCUUACUACAUUUUGGCUUAGGAUUUGUCCUCACACACAAUCUGGUUUGACUCUUUUGAGCAAGUUAUUUAUUAAGUUAAUGAAAUAAAACCACCAUGUUGGCUUAUUGUUUUAGCUAAUUAAGACUUCAAAACAAUGUACAUAAACAGUGAAGUUGGAAUAUAACUUUUAGGUUAAAGUGAAUCACUUCCCUAAAAUAGAGAAGAGCUUGUACACUAAUUAUGGCUACCUAUGAAAGCAAAAAAAAAUUCCUACGAUUUAAGUAAUAAGUAAUCUGAGGUGAGAGAAUUCACUGUUGCAAAGGAAUAGAAGUAGAACAGAAUAGACAUUCACAAUUCAUUGUGUCCCAGACAUAAAUAGAAGGGAAGAAAAAUGGUAUCAGUAAUAUUACUUUUCAUUAUUAACCCCUACAUGGGAAAAUAAAUAGCUAAAUAUAGAAUGGGGACAAUUUAUUAAUCCAUUAUUAACAGUUCAUUGCUGAGAAAUUUGUCUAUUGGUUAUUAAAAAAAAUUUCUGAAACACUUGAAAUUAAACCGUCAAUGAGAUGUGGCUCCUGCCAUCAAGGAGCUUAAUUAUGUAAUCAUUAAUAUUUAAAAACAAAGCCAAUUGUUUUUAAGAAGAUAUAAAAUUAUCAUGUUUGACAUCUUGUAUGUGUUCAUGAUAUUCUCUCCUUUUUUCAGAUUAACUGUACAAAGUAAAAUAUUAAACAUGUUAAAGUUAACAUCUAAGUAUAAAAUGUGUUUAUGUGUAAGCCUCUAUAUAUGUACACAUAGGCUAUGUACUGCCGUCUAUGUAAAUCAGUACAAGAUAACACGUUUUACCAUGUUGGACUUAAGCAUUGUGACUUGGUGUUUGGAUUAAUUAAAAAUCCUUUGAUAUUUGGGUCAAUUACAUCAUAGCAAAAAGUGUGUAAUCUGGAAAAAAAAAGUCUGUUUACAUUUCCCUUUAAAUAUAAUAAAGUCUCAAAUCUUAGGGAAAACACCUUUCCAGAAAUAUUGUUGGAUUUAUCUCAACCAAACAUACAUGAAAAUCUUUUUGAAUGUUUAAUUGUUCCCAAAUAUGACUGGGUUUGCCCACCCUAAAAUCAUCUACAUUCACACAUGUGUAUGCCCACAUACAGUAUACAUACUGUAUAUAAUAUAUAUGAAAAUGUUUAGUAUGCACUUCUUUUGUUUGGAAUUCCUUAGGUUAACAUUGAUAGUGUAGCAAUUUGUGGAAAGUGCACUGUGAUAAUAAAAAACAAAGCACAGUAAAGUCACAGGUCUUGUUAUCUUGCACUAAAAAUGUGUUUACGUAUUUAUCAAUUGUAUGUUUACUUUCUUGCUCUUUUUGAGAAACUGAAACAAAUAGUUAUUGAGAAAAAUGAUAUAAAAUAAUAUGUUUUUUAGUGGAAAAUGGCACUACAUUUUUAAAAGACAGGGCUUUUAAAAGAAACCGUUUAACAUCCAUUCCAAUAUAACAUGUUUACCGUAUCUAAAAAUCAGAAUGUCGUAUUGCAUUUUUCAUAACUCAUCAAAAAUGUCAGGUAUGUGCCUGAAAAAUUGUGCAAAUAAGCAUUAGAUAACAGAUUUCUCUACUCAUGUGUUGUUAGCCAUUUCUAUAUACAUAAUAUUUAAACACUGAUGUUUUAAUUUCUCUUAAUUUUUGUACUUGAUUUUUUUAGGUAACAUGUAAUUAUAAAUGUACUUUGAUACUACUGAAGUAACCAGAUGUUGUUUGAAAAUAAACUGUUUCCUUUAGUGCAUUGACAAUAUUUUACGAUACUUUUGUGCUUAUUUAUUUGUGCU